UAUUGUUUUUGCAUGAAUUGAUGUCAGUGAUUGGCCUUUUUUUUUUUUUUGACGCAAAAUGGUUUUGAAUAUCUUUUAUUUUUAAUUACUAUUGCAAAGAAAUGGGUUUGAAUCAGUCAUCAUUUCUUUUCUUUGAUACUGAUUACCUGUGGCAGUAAGUGAAAGAAAAGAGACAAAAGAUAGAAAGAAGAGAUGCUCUUUUCUUUUUCUUUAAAGUUCCCCGUCAACACGGCGCUGUCCCUGCGGUGUUCAUUAAAAUAUUUUCCAAGUCAGCUGGAACAUCUGCUCACUUCACUGGCACGGUGAAUUUGAUCUAAUUCUGUGACGCACCUUAAUAUGCAAUGUAAAGCAAUAUUUCACACAGAGCUCCACAUAACCCAUUAGAAUCUUAAUUGCAUAAACGCAGGCAAACAAUUUGAAAUUGCUCAAAUGCCUUAUCUCUUUUGAAGUACUUGACAUGAGAGUGCUUAAAAAGAGAACUAACCUAAGAGUUUCAGCACAUCUUAUCAUCUAUAGAUAUUAUUCUCAAUAUUUCGGAAUUGCAACUAAAUUUAGAUAAAUACUAUGUAUUUAUUUAUUUAUUUAUAUUUGAUCAAGUUAUCAUUUCUUUUUAGAUUUUUAACACAACAAAAAACUGAUCAAAAUGAUGGUUAGUGGUUUAAUUUGUUGUCAGAUUGGUUUAUUAGUAAAUGCUUGAAGUGUUGCUGUUCAGAAGCAAAGUUCAAAAGUAUAGAAUUGCUUUUAUAUGCUUUUCCAACCAAAAGAAAAAAAUGAUUCUACACCAUGUUCAUAUCAUGUUUAUGUUUGAUUGCAAAGUGAGAAAAAAGAGUCCUAAUGACAGAAACUAUCAUGUUUGAAUUGAUUGAUGAUGACUAUAUUUUUAAUUCAAGUGAAUGUUCUGCAGCAGGGCGAUGGUGUUCUUUUUUAUUUAUUUAUUUUUUCUUUUUAACUUGUCCUGUCCAGCAGAUGAGCAAACAGAGACGAGCUGAGAGCCCUUUGUGUUAGACAGAUUUUACUCUCACAACAGGGGUUUAUUGGGUAUAAGCUGGCCUUGGCGUGGGGGGCCUCUGUGGCGGGCCCGCGCGCCCUGGCUUGGGUGAUUGGCGGAAUUGCCUGAUGAGCGGAUUUACUUGGCGGGUGUAGGGGGAUCCUGGCUGCUGCUGCUGCUGCUUCGGCUGGGGCUCUUGGUGUGGGGAUGCCCGGGCACUCUCCCCCUUUGCACAUUGUAUUUUAUUUUGAAAGGACCUUGAUGUACUAUAUUUAUUUAUCACUAUAGCUCAAUUGUUUAUAAAGCUACACUAUAAAUGAUUGGCUAUAAAUGAAUUCUAUUUUGUUAUUGGUGAGGUCAAUUGGCUCUCUCAGUGUUAAAGAUUGAAGAUCUCGGCUCUGGGCAAAAAAAUCACAAAUGGCCUCCAACUCCCAUUAUUUAUAAAAUAAUAUUUGACUAUUUAUUGAAUGAAAAGACUUCCUACUGCAGUUUAAAGUUAAAAAGCUUAAGUGCAUACUGUUUGCAGUUGGUAAGAUAGGGUUUUUUUUUUUUUUAAUAAAAGAUUCAUCGGAAAUUAUCGUAAAACAGAGUACAAUCAUUUGUGAUUCAAAGCUGGUAAACCCUCAAGGACUCUCUUUCUGGUAAUGGGCUCCAAAUACAAAAUUAAAAACAACUAAUAAGCUGAAACAGAACAACAUGUGAGUUUCUACUCCUGGUUGGUUUGUGAAGCAAUUCGCUCUUAGACUACCUUGGAAAAAUGUGCUUUAAGCUGUUUAAACUGAACUUUUCUUACUGAAUGUGUGUUUUGGACAGGUUUGACCUGACCAUGGACAACAGCAGCCUGGAUUGGCAUGAACAUACCAACGGAUCUGAACUUCAGUCCUGCACCACACUAAGGAGCCCAUUCUCCCGCAUUUUUCUGUACAGCUUCUUCACCAUUGGCAUCGUCUCCACGGUGGUGGGAAACUUCCUGGUUGUCUUGUCGAUCGCCUACUUCAAGCAGCUGCAGUCUCCCACGAACUCUUUUGUUAUGUCACUCGCGGUGGCUGACUGCUUCGUCGGCCUCGUCGUGAUGCCGUACAGCAUGAUCCGAACCGUGGAGGGAUGCUGGUACUUCGGCUCCCUCUUCUGUAAGAUCCACUCCAGCCUGGACGUCAUGCUGUGUACCGCUUCUAUAUUCCACCUCAGCUGCAUUGCAUUCGACCGCUUUUAUGCCGUCUGCAACCCCCUCAUUUACUCCUUAAAGAUGUCUCACUCCAGGGUGGCUCUGCUCAUAGCCGUUUGUUGGGCCGUUCCAAUGCUCAUUUCCUUCGGCCCUAUAAUGCUCGAUCUUCACAUUGCUAGCGUAGACUUCCCAUUUCCGGAGGAUUUAUGCGUGUUCUUGGUCAGCCGCAUUUAUGCCGUCAUGGCCUCUUUAGUGGCCUUUUACUUGCCCAUGGCCAUCAUGCUGGUGGCUUACUGGAAGAUCUUCAAAGCUGCAAAAAGACAGGCCAGACAGAUCAGCGCCAUGGAAAGCCAGAUGGCUGCCGGUGUCGGGAAAGACUCCAGCAAGAAGAAACGACACCGCAACACAAUGAGGAGAGAAAGAAAGGCGGCAAAAACUUUAGGGAUUAUCAUGGGAGUUUUCCUCAUUUUCUGGAUGCCUUUUUUUACUCUCAACAUUGUGGAUCCAUUCAUCGGAUACAGCACAGAGGUGGUUGUUUGGGAUGUCUUUCUCUGGCUGGGAUAUAUCAACUCCUCCCUGAAUCCGUUUUUGUACGGGUUCUUCAAUCGCUCUUUUCGCAGGGCGUUCCUCAUGUUCAUUGGCUGCAGGGUUUGCCUGCCUGGGGCAUCUCCAGGGAUGGAGUUAUCACAAACCAGGAAAGAGGCUAAUGAUGGUGCAGAUUAGCCACUAAGUUAUAUGGACUAGACGGCAACCUUUAUGGGAUAAAAAACAGAAAAUAUACAUUUGAUAGGGGAUCACAUUUUAGUCUGAUUGGU